CCCGCCCCGCCGCGCGCUCGCGGACGGUCGGCGCGCGGGCUGGGCCGGCGCCCCUCAGCUUCGCUCCUGGCGUCGCCCCGGGCCCCGGGGGAUGCCCCCGGCCGGGUCCCCCCAUGGCCACCGACGUCUUCAUGUGCUCCCCGCGCCGGCCGCGCAGUCGGUGCCGCCCGAUGCUGCUCAAGCCCCAGGUGCCCGAGGACGACGACGACUCGGACACGGAUGAGCCGUCCCCGCCGCCCGCCUCCGGCUCGGCCACGCCGGCCCGGGCCCAGGCGAGCGCCGCGCCGCAGCCGUCCCGGGCCGGGUCGGGCCGCGAGGAGCCUCCGCGCCGCCAGCAGAUCAUCCACAGCGGCCACUUCAUGGUGUCGUCGCCGCACCGCGAGCACCCGCCCAAGAAGGGCUACGAUUUCGACACGGUCAACAAGCAGACGUGUCAGACCUACAGCUUCGGCAAGACCAGCUCCUGCCACCUGUCCAUCGACGCCUCGCUCACGAAGCUCUUUGAGUGCAUGACCCUGGCCUACAGUGGAAAGUUGGUGUCUCCAAAGUGGAAGAAUUUCAAGGGCCUGAAGCUCCAGUGGAGAGAUAAGAUCCGGCUCAAUAACGCCAUCUGGCGGGCAUGGUACAUGCAGUAUUUGGAGAAGCGCAAGAAUCCCGUGUGCCACUUUGUCACUCCCCUGGACGGCUCUGUUGAAGUAGAUGAGCAUCGCCGGCCAGAGGCCAUCACCACAGAGGGGAAGUACUGGAAAAGCCGCAUUGAGUUUGUAAUUCGGGAAUAUCACAAGUGGAGAACCUACUUCAAGAAAAGGCUACAGCAGCACAAGGAUGAGGACCUCUCCAGCCUGGCCCAGGAUGAUGACAUGCUUUAUUGGCACAAACAUGGGGAUGAAUGGAAGACCCCCGUCCCCAUGGAGGAGGACCCACUGCUGGACACAGACAUGCUCAUGUCAGAAUUCAGCGACACUCUCUUCUCCACACUUUCCUCACAUCAGCCGGUGGCCUGGCCCAACCCUCGGGAAAUAGCACAUCUGGGCAAUGCAGACAUGAUUCAGCCGGGGCUGAUUCCCUUGCAGCCCAACUUGGACUUCAUGGACACCUUUGAGCCUUUCCAGGACCUCUUCUCUUCCAGCCGCUCCAUUUUUGGCUCCAUGCUGCCUGCACCCACCUCAACACCUGCACCAGAUCCCAACAUCCCAACUGCUCAGGAGAGCAUCCUACCAACCACCACUCUCCCCACUGUGAGCCUCCCUGACAGCCUCAUCGUGCCCCCCACAGCCACUGCCCUGGACCCCACGGAUGAGCAGGGCUGUGAACAUGCUCCCCGGCCUGGGGACCCCUUUAUCCAGCCUGCAGACUUUGGUCCCUCUGCGCCGCCACUGAGUGUCCCACAGCCUUUCCUCCCCCUGUUCACCGUGCCGCUGCUCUCUCCCAGUCCUGCCCCAGUGCCUGUGUCCCCUCCCUUGCCUUUGGUCCCUCCUCCUGCCACUGCCCUGACCCCUCCAACUCCACCUGCUUUCCUGCAACCGCAGAAGUUUGCCGGAGUCAGCAAGUCGCCUUCCGUCAUCACCCACACGGCCUCUGCCACCCUUACCCACGAUGCCUCUGCCACCACCUUCAGCCAGAGCCAGGGCCUUGUGAUCACAACCCACCACCCCAACCCCUCAGUGUCCUCCUGUGGCCUGGCACUGUCUCCGGUCACCCGGCCACCGACUGUUGGGCCUCCCCAACCUCGCUUAACUUUUGUGCACCCCAAAUCUGUAUCUAUGUCUGGCGGGAGGCCUAAGCAGCCCCCCAAAAUAGUGCCUGCUCCCAAACCAGAGCAUAUGCCCUUGGUGUUGAAGAAUGCUUGCAUCGCCCCAGCUGCCUUUUCAGGACAACCACAAGCAGUGAUUAUGACAUCAGGCCCUCUGAAGAGAGAAGGGAUGUUGGCUUCUACCGUGUCGCAGUCCAACGUGGUCAUCAAGCCUGCUGCCAUUGCCAGGGCUCCUGGAGUUACGGAGUUCCACAGUGGCAUCCUAGUGACAGACCUCGGCCGCCCCUCGAGCAGCCAGCCCGCCCCCGUCUCCCGGCUCUUUUCGCCAAGCACAGUGCAAGAUUCCCUGGUGAAGGGCGAGCAGAUCCCGCUGCACGGGGGCAGUCCCCAGGUCCCUGCCACGGGUUCCAGUGAGUGUUCACUCCAGUUGGAACGAUUAGGACUUCGUCGAGACUGCCCGAACUCAGGGCAGGCCUCUCCGUGUGCUUCGGAACAGAGCCCCAGUCCUCAGUCUCCCCAGAACCACUGCUCAGGGAAACCUGCAGACCCCAAAAACAUGGCUGCUUUAAAGAACCGGCAGAUGAAGCACAUUUCAGCUGAGCAGAAAAGGCGCUUCAACAUCAAGAUGGGCUUUGACACCCUGAACAGUUUGAUCUCUAAUAAUUCCAAGCCAAGUAGCCAUGCCAUCACGCUGCAGAAGACCGUGGAGUACAUCACCAAGCUGCAGCAGGAGCGGGGCCAGAUGCAGGAGGAAGCCCGGCGGCUGCGGGAGGAGAUCGAGGAGCUCAACGCCACCAUCCUCUCCUGCCAGCAGCUACUCCCUGCCACGGGAGUCCCUGUUACCCGGCGCCAGUUUGAUCACAUGAGAGACAUGUUUGACGAGUAUGUAAAAAGCCGGACCCUGCAGAAUUGGAAGUUCUGGAUUUUCAGUAUCAUCAUCAAGCCGCUGUUUGAGUCCUUCAAAGGGAUGGUGUCCACCAGCAGCCUGGAAGAACUGCACCGGACGGCGCUGUCCUGGCUGGACCAGCACUGCUCCCUGCCCGUCCUCAGGCCAAUGGUGCUGAACACCCUCCGGCAUCUGAGCACCACCACCUCCAUUCUCACAGACCCGUCCCAGCUGCCGGAGCAGGCGGCAGAGGCUGUCACCAGAGUUGGCAAGAGAUCGGGGGAGUCUUAGCAACGCUUAGCAGGCAUGUGGCUGCAUGAGAUGCCACGGAGCCCCUUCCCUGCCUGUGGAGAGGAGUCUGCGCCCACGCCUCUCCUGACACAGAGCCUCAGGACCUUCCUUCUACUCUGCUGGCCCAUCGGGCCACUCAGAAUGCCAUGCUCAGGUCUGAAGCAGGUUCGGGUCCUGCCAACAGCAAUAGCCCAUCUUUGGGAAGCCCUUGCUGUGAACUCUCACUCAGUGACCUCCGUCACCGACCUCGCCUCCCCUUGGAGCAGCCCAGACAAAGGGGAACACCGCCCGGUCCAGUGCUGUCCUGUCUUGCUGGUGGUGUGUCAGGGCCACAGCACCAGCGUGGGGAGUAGAUGGGUCAAGAGGAGGCAACGCCUGCUCCUGCAAGUUAGGAAACUUCAGGGUGCUUCCUGGUUCCUGUCUUGAGACUUACAGAUGUUCCCUCCUGUCACAUCCUGGGCACUUGUACUGUUGGGAACGACUCCCUGUGCCCACUCUGGCCCGCCUGUGGAGCAGCUAGAAGGCAUCUUCAUCCCCUGACUCUGACCUUAUCGGUGGACCUGGAUGUCUGCUCAGGCUUAUGCAUGGUGGGCUGCCUUCUCCCACCGCUUGGGCUGCUGGGGGAGCCCCCAAACACACGUGUGCAAAAGCAGGUGUGGGUGCCUGUGGGACGAGAAGGAAAGCACAACAACGCAAAGCUGCUACGCUGGCUUGGACUGUGCUCUCGGGCAACGUUUUAAUCUGUCUUGAUUUAGUUCCACGUGGCAUUGCAGCAUCCAUUGGAUCUCUGAUUUGAGAAUCACGACGAGGACUCAGCCCGGGCCUCCUCAGGCAUCCUCACCACAUGGCCCUUCUACCCUUGUUCUCCACCUGAUUCCAGGCUGCAGCCACAGACAAGCCAGCUGUGCCUGAUGGACACUCGUGGUCCUUAGGGUGUAGUGUUUGAAAGGCCAGACUCCACGGUGCUGCCGUCAGCCUGGUCCUCUUGUCUGGAUUGUUCAGCCGGGAGCUCCAAACCAUAAGAGUUCUCGGACCAAAGAUGUCACCAUGCCCAAAGUCUGUCUUGUCUUGUAUUUGGAAGAAGAAAUUGAAUGUUGACAGGCAGAACUCCAAGGUGGCCAGCCUCGGAGCUGUCUAGGCAUCUCCCAGAUCAGACAGUAAAGAAUUAUACUCAGAUUUGAUCAAGGUAGAGGAAUUUGUGGGGGCAGUGGGCUGUCUCUGAAUGUGCGAAUUGCAGUUGGAGGGGUUCAGAGGAAGGGGUAGCAGGAGGGCGGGUCCGGGGCUCCCUGCGUCUGCAUGGGUGGCCGCAGGUGGACGGGCGCUCUCUCCGACACUCAGGAAGCCCAGCCACGGGCACCUCCUCGCUGACAGAAUGUGCUUUUAACGUCCUGCUGUGAAGUUCAGAGCCAGCAGGCUUUCCAUUCCACCUCUGCUCUUCCUGCCAGAGAUGGAGACCGGGCAGUUCUAGGCAGGCCAGGAUGGGCUUUGAGGGAGCCGAGGAGCCAGGGGGGACUGGGGGAGGGUACCACGUGCUACCCCCGAAGUUCGGAGGCUCCCACUGCUUCGGAGGCCUGCAGAAGGUCCUCAGAGGACAGCCAGCCCCACCUCAGCUUCGGUUGAUGGAGGACAGACGGGGACCGUCUCCCUGCUAAUGUCUAUGCCACAGGUCACUGACCAGUCGCCUGCUCCUGUGUCUCUCUUCAGCCCCGUGGAAGAGCAGCUUGGCAGCACCCCUGAGCACCCCCAGAAAAUGUGUUUACAGGUCUUCUGCAUCACUUUCCUGAGGGGUGAGCCCUAGAUGAGGCUGGGCUGGUCCAUCAUGCCCACUGGGAAGUGGUAAGAGAACCCGUCCUUCACCCCCUAGAUAAAUAUGAAGUUGCCCUUUGAAAGGAGAAACCCCUGUGGUAAGAAUUCUGCUAGGGUCACAAGAAAAACACGAAACAUGUUCCCAGCCGUGAGGGCUCGUGGAGGGUCCUGAGCCUGACCCCUCGGCCUCUUCCCCAGUUUCUGUGCCUUCGUAAGCCGCGUGGAUGGCCACAGUGCUCGGCUUGCCAAGACCUCUCCAAAAUCGAUAGCUUUCUCCCCACCCUUUGCUGGGCAUCAUCUUUUUAAACUCCGUGGGAUAUGAAAUGGGCCUCUUGCUUCUUUGGCCUAACUCUCUUCUUUCCCUUUUGCUGAUUGAAUGUUUGUGAUUCUGUUAAAUAUUUAAGGCUGUUAGGUUGUGUGAGACUUUGAAGGGUGUGUGUGUGUCCCAGCAGACUGUUACUAGAUGCACGUUUCUGUUUUGAGAUCUUUCUUAAAUCCAUUUCUCUUGGUGCUCACCAUCACCACAGCUGUAGGGCCACAAAGCUGUAUUUCUUACUAUAGACAUGAUUGUCUCUUGUCUCGCAGUUUUCGUGUUUCAGAAUCUUGUCCGAUGAAUCUCAGGGGCCUAGCCUCAACUUCUUUCCUGGAGUCCUGGGCCGGGGUGUGGGGACCUCCAGGCCACCCGGCCAGCAGCCUCCACUGAACAUUGAACACGGGCCUGUGGUUUGUUUACGCUCAUUUCCACCCACACUCCUGUUGCUACUCCCAUUAAAAAAACUUAAAAAUGCUGAUAAUUUGAAGGAUAAGAAAAUCAUACUGAAAAGAAAAAGAGCCUGUCUGGCACAUAAAUCUCUGAAAGUGAUUCUGUGAAAUCUUUCUGUGCCAUCGGCUCCCUUCCCAGCACUGUUCGCUCUUUCACGAUGAGUGAGAAGCACAGGGACAGAGCAGGUGCCACCACAGGGCUUUCUGAAAUUGACUGGCCCGUCCCUCCUGUCUCAGGCAGGUUAUACACCAGCUGUCGCCCCGUUUGCAGGGCCCCGACCCGUGGCAGACUGGCCGCUUUCCGGCGGUUUUUCACGGCACAAGGGAAGCAGUCCCAAUAUCAGAAGUUAGCGUUGAUGAAAGCACUGGAUUUUGUCAAAGAGGAAGGACUGAGAGGACGGCAAAAUCCCCAGCACGCUGUGUUCCUGGAAGCUCUGUAGGAGGAGGGGUGGUCACUACUCACCCACGUGUCCUCGUGCGCCCGACCUCCACUUCCUGUCCUUGUGACCUGACCCCAUCCCCAAGCCCCUUCUUGAGGUCAGGCCUGAAGGUGUUUUUGUUCUGGCCAAUAGAAAUAUAAACUUGGAUUCCUAAGGGACAUGGCACCCCAGUUUGGUGCCAAACCGCUGUGUCUCGCCCCAGGUGAAGGGGGAUGGUGGUGAGUGACAUCACUGCUUGAUUCUGGCAGACCCUCUGCCAAGAGGGGUCACACACCUCUCCGCUCCAUGUCCAAUCCUGGCAGGCUCCACCCCAGUUUCCUCCAGGGAGGCCUCCCUUCCUUGUGAGGCGCUGGCCUCCUGCCUAGAUGAAUCCUGAGGCGGCAGGUUCAUUGUUGUUUUCUGCAUCACAAGUGUUCAUUGUCUAGCUGAACAAAAACUCAUCAGAAGGGAGCUGGGGCUGUCCUGUGGGUCCCUCUGGCUGUGGCCGGCAGGUUCGCUCAGUGAGGGGCAGGCGUGGUACUGUGGACCCAGGUCCUGCGCUGGCCAACCUUGCCUCAGUCAGUCCCUUAUCUCUCUGGCUCCAGAUGGGCAGGCUUGCCAUCGCCUCAUUGCCCCUCCCCGCUCAGCAGUCCCAUCCCCUCCUGUGGUCACCUCGUUCCUGAAGCCUCUCUCCUCUCUCUGGCGGGAAGAAUUGCCUUUCCCUGGAGACACCCUGUUUCCUGUUGGGCGCUGUGCCAUAGGUGAAACCCAUCCACCAUGUGUCGAAACCGAGCUUUGCAGAGGGUUUCCUUGGUCCUGGUCUUGUUGGGGAACGGAGUUGAGAGAGCCCUCACAUGGACGGCGCGGGAAGCACUAGGAUGCCUGGUGGGCCGUGGUUUGGGGUUUGGUGCCCCUGAGGCCUGUGUAUUAAAGAAGAUUUUCACCACGUCUGAACAUGGGUGAGGGGAGAGGAGAGCUGGAGGGCGGAAGAGCUUGGAAGCUCAGUGUGAGUUUGCACCAUUCGUUAGUCACCGUGGCCUUCAUCCCCUCGGCGGGUUUCUGUGAUCAGAGGGCCUCCAGGGACAGGGAGAAGCCUUAGGACCUCCCAUGUGCCCGCACACGGAUCAGCUGCCCGGUUUUCUUUUCCUUCUGAGCACUUGGCUUUCCCAGCUCACCACACGGCUGUUUCUUUGUUGGGGCCUAAGAAAAUCAGCCUUUGAGAACGAAAAGGGAACUUUUCAUGUUGAAUGUUGGCUUUGACUUUGAGUGUGUGUGUGUAUAUGUGUGUGUGCGCACUAGCAUGUGCUUCCACAAGCUGUGUGUGUUUACUUUAAUGGGAUUUUAUUUUUGUGAAAUUCCUUUCCAAUUACGUAGCAAAAUUCACCUCCAUCUCCCAGUCAAACUUUUGGCUCCACCGUCAGCCCCAGGCGUCGCGAAUUUGAAGAAUUCUCUUCUGGGUUUCUGAACAGAGAUGUGUUGCUCUCAGGAGUCGAGGUUGUGGCAGGUUGUGAGAAACUGACGUUUUAGACAUUUCCAUGGAGUUUACACCCCACAGUUGAAAGGCGUAAAAGGCUUGGCCCUGGGAGAUGGAUUCUCGGCUGUGUUUCUCACAGGGCACUCGGAGAACGCAGCCUCUGCCCCACAAUGUCCUGCUCUUUCGGUAUCUGAGUCUUCACACAGCCCACAGAUGGAUGCUGUAUUCGUUUGCUUAUUCUGUACACCACAGCUGAAACACUGCUUUCUUUUCCUUUUUCAGAUUUCAGUUCGUUGUGUAAAUGGUUCGUUUUUUCUGUUGUGAGCCUUGGGGGUAGUGUCAGGGCACCUUUAGGAGAGUUACCCUUGUGGUCUGAAAAACAAAACCCAGAAGAGUCUUGUUUGAUCAGAGGCUCCCUCAGGCCUGCGUCAUCCAGAACACGGCCCUUUCUGCUCUGCUGUUGACAAGCACGUUUCCACCAGCUGUAUUCAACACUACAAUGCAGUUUUAAAACUAUAUUUGCAUCCAAGACAAUAAAAAGCCGUAUUUUUUUGAAAA